GUGAAGCACGAGUGAACCUGACAAAGCCAAAGAGAGAGCGCGUGUGUCCUCCACCUCCAGCGAGCGCCUCACUUCACUCCCACUCCCACUCCCACUCCCGGUGGAGGGAAAAGCACCGAAAGGCGCCGCGUUUCCGCUUCUUUUUUUCACCGCACUUCCCUCCCUUUCCAGCUUCAGUCCUUCCCAUGGCGUCCUCCGCGCUGCCGGCACCGUCCGUCGUCGCCGUCGCCGUCGCCGUCGCGUUCGUGUUCGCGGUGGCCACCCUCGCUGCGACGGCGUCGGCGGCCGUCACCUACGACCGCAAGGCACUAGUGGUGAACGGGCGGCGCCGCAUCCUGCUCUCCGGCUCCAUCCACUACCCGAGGAGCGUGCCCGAGAUGUGGCCGGAUCUGAUACAGAAGGCCAAGGACGGCGGCCUCGACGUGGUGCAGACGUACGUGUUCUGGAAUGGCCACGAGCCCUCUCCAGGCCAGUACUAUUUCGAGGGGAGGUAUGAUCUAGUGCGCUUCAUCAAGCUGGUGAAGCAGGCCGGACUCUACGUGCAUCUCCGCAUUGGCCCCUACGUCUGCGCCGAGUGGAACUUCGGUGGUUUCCCUGUUUGGCUCAAGUAUGUCCCCGGCAUCAGCUUUAGAACUGAUAAUCAGCCAUUCAAGCUUGAGAUGCACAAGUUCACCACCAAGAUCGUUGACAUGAUGAAGUCGGAAGGGUUCUUUGAGUGGCAGGGAGGACCAAUAAUCCUCUCCCAGAUCGAGAACGAGUUUGGCCCCUUGGAGUGGGAUCAGGGCGAGCCUUCCAAGGCCUACGCUUCAUGGGCAGCUAACAUGGCGAUUGCGCUCAACACAGGUGUUCCAUGGAUCAUGUGUAAAGAGGACGACGCCCCAGAUCCAAUUAUUAAUACAUGCAAUGGAUUUUACUGUGACUGGUUCUCCCCGAAUAAACCUCACAAGCCUACCAUGUGGACCGAGGCUUGGACUGCCUGGUAUACAGGCUUUGGUGUUCCGGUUCCACAUAGACCAGUAGAGGAUCUAGCAUAUGGUGUUGCCAAGUUUAUCCAGAAGGGGGGCUCUUUUGUUAAUUAUUACAUGUAUCACGGAGGGACAAACUUCGGGCGGACAGCUGGUGGUCCAUUCGUUGCAACUAGCUAUGACUACGAUGCUCCUAUUGAUGAAUACGGCUUAUUGAGAGAACCAAAAUGGGGCCACUUGAAGGAGUUGCAUAGAGCCAUCAAGCUUUGCGAACCAGCCCUGGUUGCAGGAGAUCCCAUUAUAUCUUCCCUUGGGAAGGCUCAGAAGUCAUCCGUUUUUAGGUCAAGCACAGGAGCUUGUGCAGCUUUUCUUGAGAACAAGGAUAAGCUAUCUUAUGCAAGGGUAUCGUUCAGCGGAAUGCAUUAUGACCUGCCUCCUUGGUCUAUCAGUAUUCUUCCGGACUGCAAAACAACAGUCUUCAACACCGCUAGGGUUGGCAGCCAGAUUUCACAAAUGAAAAUGGAAUGGGCUGGAGGACUCACAUGGCAGUCAUAUAAUGAAGAGAUUAAUUCCUACAGUGAGGAGGAAGCAUUUACAGCGGUAGGAUUACUGGAACAAAUAAAUAUGACGAGGGAUAACACAGACUACUUGUGGUAUACAACAUAUGUUGAUGUUGCGAAGAAUGAGCAGUUCCUCACCAGUGGGAAGUCUCCAAAACUCGCUGUGAUGUCGGCUGGUCAUGCUUUGCAUGUUUUCGUUAAUGGACAAUUAACAGGAACUGUUUACGGCAGUGUAGAAGACCCAAAACUAACGUAUACUGGGAGUGUGAAACUAUGGGCAGGAAGCAACACUAUUUCAUGCUUAAGUAUAGCAGUUGGUCUCCCUAACGUUGGAGAACAUUUUGAGACUUGGAAUGCUGGAAUUCUUGGUCCGGUGAUACUUUAUGGCCUGAAUGAGGGAAGAAGAGAUCUCACAUGGCAGAAAUGGACCUAUCAGGUUGGUUUGAAAGGUGAGGCUAUGAGUCUUCAUUCACUUAGUGGAAGCUCAUCGGUAGAAUGGGGAGAACCUGUACAGAAGCAGCCUCUGACAUGGUACAAGGCUUUUUUCAACGCACCAGAUGGUGACGAGCCAUUAGCCUUGGACAUGAAUAGCAUGGGGAAGGGGCAAAUCUGGAUCAACGGUCAAAGCAUUGGACGGUAUUGGCCUGGCUACAAGGCCUCCGGAACAUGUGGUUACUGUGAUUACCGUGGUGAAUAUGAUGAGACGAAGUGUCAAACCAACUGCGGUGACUCUUCUCAGAGAUGGUACCAUGUUCCUCGCCCAUGGCUUAAUCCUACUGGGAACCUAUUGGUGAUAUUCGAGGAGAUUGGUGGUGACCCUAGUGAAAUUUCAAUGGUGAAAAGAAGUACUGGAAGUGUAUGUGCUGACGUGUCUGAAUGGCAGCCGUCGAUGACGAACUGGCGUAGCAAGGAGUACGAGAAAGCUAAGGUCCACCUCCAGUGUGAUCAUGGGCGGAAAAUAAGUGAAAUAAAAUUUGCCAGCUUUGGCACACCGCAGGGGUCCUGCGGGAGCUACUCAGAAGGCGGAUGCCAUGCACACAAGUCGUAUGACAUGUUUCGGAAGAACUGCAUUAACCAAGAGCACUGUGCGGUAAGCGUGGUUCCAGAGGUAUUUGGUGGAGAUCCUUGCCCUGGGACAAUGAAAAGGGCUGUUGUGGAGGUUAUGUGUGGCUGAACUGCCAAGGUAUGUCGUGGAGCAUGGUCCAUACAGGAUUCUGGCAACAGGUGAAAGUCACAGUAACCGUGACGCACAAACUGUCAGAAGUUACAGAAAAUGAGUUGUAUUUUAGACCGAAUCAUCAGUGUAUGUACGUAUUUAGUUUAGCCCAUAUACAUGGAUUUGCACGGACGGGAAGAUUAGGAUCGGUAGGUGUGGAAAAGGGUCUAGAUACCGCUCGUCUGGUUUGCGGAGAGCCCGGAGGAGACUCUUGCUCACCUGAGUCCUCAUGUGCAAUGGCUUCUUCUGGAUUGGAAGAGGUCAUGUUCAUUUUUCGCUCAUUGAAGGAUGCAAAAUGUAAUGUGCAGGGGCACCACCCCAUUCAUGCAUUGUUAUCUUGAUUCUAACUAGUCAAAACAGGAUAAUGGUUCAGCUCACUAAUAAAAUUGCUCCGUUGUGUUA